GUCACCACCUCCCUGGGCAGUUGGGGCGGGAUUCGGCCCCUCAGAUGCCGUUGCUCGUCGCCUCCUGCUCGAGGCUGAGGACAAUGUUUUGUACAAACAACAAGAACAAAAGCUACUUCCUUGCUAUUAGCCCAAUCCUUUGAUGCUACUGAAUGGCAUACUAUCGCUCCACUGCUGCUGAGACGUGGAGUGUGUCAGUAUCUGUGGAGCCCUUGGAACACUAUGGCAACAAGCUACACACCUCCAUUUGAUGACCCUGGAGAAGUGAGAGAGGGCUUUCUAUGCCCCCUGUGUCUGAAGGACCUGCAGUCAUUUUAUCAACUUCAGUCUCAUUAUGAAGAAGAACAUUCAAGUGAAGACAAAGAUGUCAAAGGACAACUGAAAAAUCUCGUCCAAAAAGCUAAAAGAGCAAAGAAUAAACUAUUGAAACGAGAUGAUGACCGAACUGAUGGGGCCCCUCAGGAACGAUAUGAAGCUUACUGCUAUGGUGGAGUGGAUCCACAUAUGUGGGAGCCCCAAGAAUUAGGUGCUGUGAGAAGCCAUCUUUCUGAUUUUAAGAAGCACAGAGCAGCCAGGAUUGAUCACUAUGUUGUCGAAGUCAAUAAAUUAAUAAUCAGGUUAGAAAAGCUUACAUCCUUUGACAGAGCCAAUACUGAUUCUGCAAAGAUAAGAGCAAUAGAGAAGUCUGUUGUGCCUUGGGUCAAUGAUCAGGACGUGCCAUUUUGUCCAGAUUGUGGUAACAAGUUCAGCAUACGGAACAGACGUCACCACUGCCGCCUUUGUGGGUCUAUCAUGUGCAAGAAGUGCAUGGAACUGAUCAGUCUGCCCUUUGCAAGCAAACUCACCACUGCCAGCAAGGAGGUCUUGGGCUCUCAUACUAGUCCGAACUGCUCUCCCAACAGCAUCCAGGGCUCUCGCCGUGGCAGCAUCAGUAGCGUAAGCAGUGUGAGCUCUGUCCUAGAUGAAAAGGAUGAUGAUCGAAUCCGCUGCUGUAGACACUGCAAAGACACCCUGCUCAAAAGAGAACAACAGAUUGAUGAGAAAGAGCACACACCAAAUAUUGUGAAACUAUACGAGAAACUCCGACUUUGCAUGGAAAAGGUUGAGCAGAAGGCCCCGGAAUACAUAAAGAUGGCGGAAUCAUUGAAUGCUGGGGAGACAACUUACAGCCUUGAAAAUGCCAGCAGUCUCAGGAUGGAGGUGCAAAAAAUGUAUGAGUUAAUAGAUGCUUUAAGCAAGAAGAUUUUAACUCUGGGGUUGAAUGAAGAGCCACAACCUCAUCCCAGAACAUUACAACUUCAGAGAAUGAUCAGAUAUUCAGCCACACUUUUUGUACAGGAAAAAUUGCUUGGCCUGAUGUCCCUACCAACCCAAGACCAGUAUGAAGAACUGAAGGAGAAAAGGAAACAAGAAUUGGACAGAAAGCUACAGAUGGAAAGACAGGCAACACUUGAAACACAGAGACGACUGGAGGAGAAGCCCAUGGACUAUAUUUCCAGGUCCUCAGCAGCAUCCAACGGUGAGGUGCCCCAGCCAAAAAGGGCUGCAGUAAAGAAAGCUGAAGGUUGGCUACCCAGUGCCAGCAUAUCUCGCCAGCAGGAACUUGCAGACCCACUUCUUCAGCAGAUUAACAAUAUCACGUCCUUUAUUAAGCAAGCCAAGGAAGCAAAUCGCCUUGAUGAAGUCCAGAUGUUGCAGGAGAACCUGCGACAGCUUCAGGAUGAGUAUGAUCAACAACAAACUGAAAAAGCCAUUGAGCUUUCUAAAAGGCAGGCUGAGAUGGAGGAGAUGCAGAGAGAACAAUUGCAGAUACUUUGUGAAAAGGAAUGGGAGAGGGAACAUAAAAGAAGAUUGUCUCAGCACUCACGGACACGUUCCCUGGAUUUCAGAGACGUAAAGCACAAUACGUCUGAGACCGGGAAAGAGGACAUAAACCAAAUAGCACAGGCGUUGGAUCUAGAUACUACUCCGAACAAAAGUAACCCAGGCUCUAAACUGUCUUCCCCAAGUGGUGGUGACAGACUGCCGGCUAGUGAGAGCCCAGUCUUCCCUUGUCAGCCUCUGAUAGACCCAGAGCAUGACAGGGUAAUAGAGCAAAAUAAGACUGUUCCCCUAAACCUUUUUGAAGAUGAGGCAGUCACUGGCAGUGUAAAGAGGGAACCUGAUAAUCCUUUUGCUGAAGACUCCUCAACAGUGGCUCCUUUGCCCACCCAAGCCUUGCACAGUGCUAAAAAAGAAUACAACCCGUUUGAAGAUGAAGAGGAUUGUCAGCAAGCAAAUGGAGUAGCUGUCAUUGCUUCAAACCCCUUUGAAGAUGCAGUUGGAAAUCCAUUUCAUGCACCCGUAGGUCAUCAGGAAUCUGGGAAUCCAUUUGAGGAUUUGUCGUCGGCCUCCCUGAAUCCUUUUGAAAUUGAUGAUGAUAAUGAAGUGUCGGGAGAAGAUGUCAUAGAAGAGGAAUUACUGCUCCAACAGAUAGAUAAUAUCAAAGCUUAUAUUUUUGAUGCCAAACACAGUGGACGGAUGGAUGAGGUAGAAGUCCUGACUGAGAAUUUGAAAGAACUGAAACGCACAUUAGCAAAACAGAAGGAAAAAUCCAGCUGCUAAACUAAGAGCUACAUCCAUGCACAUACAACUUUAUAUAGUUCCCUGUUUGUCCCAGAGGCAGGGGACGUGAAAUUAAAAGCACGUUACAAGAGGGAGUUCUGGGGAUUGAGUCUAAUCAUAUGCACUUUGGUGUAGGCAUUUCCACUAUUGUUCAAACUUUGCAAAUAAUGUCCAUACAAUUUAUAAUGCUGUAAUAACCUAACACUGUUUUACAGAUACUUUAAAAUCUAUUUUAAACUUAUCAUGACCCAACUUUAAGAGCAUGGUCAUGCUUCUAAGCACAUGUUUUAUUUCUGCUGUAAACUGCAGAGUAUAAUAGGAAACAGAUGCUUUAAAAUAUAAGAAACUGUUUGCAAACCUUCCCUCUUUUGGUUGCUAUUGCAGUAUUACAGACCAGCCUUCUAAGCUGGUUUUCUACUAGCAAGGGACCCAGAUUGUCCUGUAAAUUCUGGGUGGAAUCAGACUUGUACCCCUCUCCCAACAGAUGGCAAUUCCCCCUCCUCCUGCAGAUCUGCACCAGAGGGUCCUCCAGCACUCCUGAGCAGAUAUUGGGGGAUAUAGGGACAAAAUUGCCCCCACCCCCAUAAUGCUGAUGGAAGCCUUCCAUUGGUGGAGGCACACUAAUUUGAUUUCACCCUUUGUCAAGCAUGAAAAAAGAUAGUGCCUUUUAACAGAGGUGCAUAACUGCCACAUAUGCUAAGAGCAAGUAUUAGAAAGCAGGUUGCUGAAAUGCAGUCACCUGCACAGUAUAAAGGCCAAUGUUCUGCCUGUGCAAUACAAAAGUUCAUAUAAAGGGAUUUUAAAGUAGAUUUGGGUAGCUGUGGUAUUAGAUGUGAUGUUGUUUUAGAAAACACAACCCCCUGAAGCUGUCUUGAGAGAAUGAACUUCUGUCCCUUCCAUGUUUUUCAGGGAUUACCUAUAUUACAAGCUUAAACUGUUUUUACUCUGAUGGCUUCCUCCAGAGAACUCUUGAGCUGCACGUUUUGUGAGGGUGCUGAAAGUUUCUUUGUUACCCCAUCUCAGAACUACUAUUCCUAAAAUUCCUGGGCUGGUGGAAAUGCCAUAAUGGUAACAUUGUUUUCUGCAUGCAGUGUAGACAUGCUUCUGAAUCUGGGGGUCUGCCCCAAUUACUAUAGGGCAGGGGGAGUCAACCUGGUGCCUUCCAGAUGUUUCAACUACAAGUUCCAUAGUCCCUAAUAAUUGACCCUGCUGCCCGGGGUUGAUGGGAGUUGUAGUUUGAAAUACCUGGAGGGCACUACCCUUACUUAACAGGGAUAGCGCGCUGUGAGAUCAAAGUGGGUGCCAACUGUGGUCUAUAGCUCUGGUCAUAAAUGAGAGAAUAGGAAGUCCUGCUCACAAUUUUUAAAACAACAUUUAGCUACCUUUGUUUAGGGGUUGAAUUGACACCUCUCUUGAAUAUAAAAAAUACUAAAGACUUGGAGUGCUUUCAGCCACUUUGAUCCCUUUAUCCUGAGCGGAAGAAUGAUCAUAACAAGCACUUCAGGAGGCAGCAGUGUAAUAAUACCAAACAGUGUUGCUGUGCAACUUCCAUUCAUUGCUGUGUAAAUCCAAGCCCAGUUGUACUAAGAAGAGGUUGUUGUUUUCCAUUGGAAAAGGUGAAGAAAUCCUCUUUUCUUGAUCUUCUUUACUCUCCAAUUGUGCACAGGAUUUUUUUUGGGGUAGGGAAUCAAAAGAAUGGCAACUGGAGUUUUCAAACAAUUUCUAUUAUCAGUUGUGCUGAACGAAUCUGAGUUGGUCACGUUUUGCGAAUGCUAGGAAAUUUAAACGUUACACAUGAAUGGUGCACCUGGAUAGCAUUGUGCACUUUUAGAAGCCAAAUUCUGCUUCAGUUUGGAAUGGGAGGAAGACCCCCGCAGCUGACAACUGAGCCAAUUUUGCUAUAUAAACCCACAGAUUUUUGCUCCCAUUUAAAGUUAUUGACCUAAAUAUUACACAAAGAAACAAGGGACUAAUCCAAGAGUAGCAGGAUGCAAAUAGUCAGUUAGUGAAUUGUAAGCUUGCUAUUGCAAACUUGUUGGGCUGUAGGGAUCCCAGAAAUAUGUUUACAGUUAUGUUUUGUUACUGGGUGGGGGUGGGAUGAUUAAUAUGGUCAAGAACUAAGGCAGCACUUUACAUAUUAGGCUUUAUGUGUUACAUUUUAAUCUCUGUUUUGGUGGGGCUUUAGACUAUAUUCCUUCCAGUUCCCCUUUAAAUUCCUUUCCUGAACUUCCUUUUCAGGGGGAGGGGGGGAACUGACUUAACUAUAAGUAAUUCAGUGUAUCACGUCUCAGCUAAAGCUGCUAUUUAUGAAUGGCAGCUUGUUUUGAUAAGCACUCAAUUAAUUUCAGCCAUCCUGUGGAAACUGACUAGAAAACAGAAUUUAGGACUACAACAGUAAGGAACAGGUGCUUAAGUUUUUAAUGUCCCCCCCCCCCCAAUUGGGAGCAAUUGGGUUGAGUUUGUGGUAUAUGUAACAAACCUAACAGCACUGAGACUGAACAUCAGGUUAUUAGAGUAGAUAUCUGGUAAAAUGCAAUUAAAAUGAUGGUUUAAGUGAUCCUUAAAGUAUUUAAGGGAUUACCAGCUAAGGAACAGUGGUCCAUCUAAAGCAAAACCUUUCACAUUUGUUAUAGGCAACAAGGCACCAAACUCAUCUGGCAUCCUUUGUAUAUUUCUGCCAAAGUAAAUGUUUCAGUGGCUUUUUUUCUUUUUAACACGUAAAGUAUUUUUCCUUGUUACAUGCAUUCUGCCUUGUUUGUAAUUUGUAUGUACUUCAUAGUCUAAUACUCUAAGAUAUACUUAUAGUACAGUUGUACUUUUACUAUUAAGCUAUGUUGGUUUGUAGCUCCAUGACUGCAAGUCAAUGUGAAAUGUAACUAGCCUUGAUAGGAUAGUGGUAGAUCCACAUUUUGACAGCCUUCCAUUUGUACUACUGAAUUGACACUAUGAAAGAGAACAAAACCAUGCCAUUGUGAGAUUUAGCAUUAAUGCCAUCUGUUUAUAUACUUGCAUGCACUACUCUAGUUUGCAAGCUUUCUGAUGAAAUAAAAUAACAUGUUUGUUUGUG